ACCCGUCAUUCCGAGCACCCACUUUUUCGAGGAGUUUAGAGCUCGCCAUCGUCCGUUCGUCCUCACUCCUCAGGCAGGCAGAGGCAGCAGCGCAUCCAUGCACGAGCAGCGAUGCGAUGCGAUGCGAGACCCCGGUCGCACUCCACAUUUGGUAGCAGUGACAAUCACGCCGUCCGCCCCUCGAUCUCCAUUCUCUUCUCCCAGCUGCAUUUAGAUACACCAGCCGCCCGGAACCCACGCUGUACCCAAACCGCACCACACCACACCACACACACACUGCGGCCAGCAGCACAGCAGAGAGAGAGAGAGAGAGAGAGAGAGAGAGAGAGAGAGGAAUUAAGCUUUGCCGACACCACACUGCAUUCCUUCGGCUGUGCCUGAAGCAAGCAAGCGACCGCUUCUUUCAUUCCCAGGCGCGCGCGCGCGUGUCUGAGCUGUGGCUGAUUGAUAAAGCUGUGGUGGAGCAGCAGGGGGAGGGGGAGGGGGAGGUGGUGAUGUCAUGAUGCCCAUGGUGACCAUCGCCAUGGCCGUGUAGAGGAGCUAGCACUGAAGCCGGAAGAGAUUUUUCAGAUACAGAUACAGGGAGAGAAGGGAAGUGGGCAGGGCGGGAUGAGGUCAAGAAGAACUGCGACGCCGGCGGCCGGCAUCCUCCUCCUCGUCGCGCUUGUGGCGGUGGCGGAAGCCGACACCGACGCCGCCGAUGUUGCGGCCUUGGGGAAUCUCUACAGCUCCUGGAACAGCCCGGCGCAGCUCACCGGGUGGUCCGCCAGCGGCGGCGACCCUUGCGGCGCCGCGUGGACGGGUGUCUCCUGCUCUGGCUCCGCCGUCACCUCAAUCAAACUUUCUGGUAUGGAGCUGAAUGGUACUCUUGGUUAUCAAUUGUCAAGUCUACAGGCUCUGAAAACAAUGGACUUAAGUAACAACUACUUGCAUGAUGCAAUUCCUUACCAGUUGCCAUCAAACCUUACCUAUCUGAAUCUGGCGAAAAAUAACUUCUCGGGUAAUCUUCCGUACUCUAUAUCCAACUUGGUUUCACUUGAGUACCUCAAUCUCAGCCACAACUCGUUAUUUCAGGAAAUUGGUGAACUAUUUGGAAGCCUCAAUUCACUUUCAGAACUCGACAUAUCUUUCAACAACCUGACGGGGAAUCUUCCUUUCUCAAUGGGCUCCCUGUCAAAACUUUCUAGCCUCUAUAUGCAAAAUAAUCAACUAUCAGGCACAGUUGAUGUCCUCAGCAACAUAAGCCUUGCAACACUAAAUAUUGCAAACAACAAUUUCAGUGGCAUGAUACCUCAAGAAUUCAGCUCAAUUCCAAAUUUAAUAGUUGGAGGAAACUCAUUUGUCAAUAUGCCUGCCUCCCCGCCACCAACUCUGAAGCCACCUCCGAAUCCACAUGAUCAGCCAAACGAUCCUCAAGGACCUAGUGCUUCAACUAUCCCAGAGACUCCUAUUGAUCAAGAUGACAAGAAGAUGCAAACAGGUCCUCUUAUAGGGAUAGCUGUUGGUUCAAUAGCUGCUGCCUCAUGUGUUCUUUUCGUGUUGGUGUUCUGCCUUCACAAUGCCCGAAAAAGAAAUGAUGAUGAGAGCAGUGAACCAAAAGAUAAUGUGGGUUCUCUUGCAGUAAACAUAGAAAGAGCAUCUAAUAGGGAAGUCCUGAACAACAACCAUGAAAAUGCUGUUGUAGCAACUUCAGAUCUCCAACCUGCUGGAAAGAUGACUCCGGACAGAGUGCAUGGUACAAAUGGUUCUAGUGCCAAAAAGCCAAAGGUUCCUGUGACAGUGACUUCAUAUACAGUUGCUGCUCUCCAAGUUGCUACGAAUAGCUUCUGUCAAGACUCUCUCCUAGGCGAGGGUUCGCUUGGUCGUGUUUACAAGGCUGAUUUUCCUAAUGGGAAGGUACUUGCCGUGAAGAAGAUAGACAGUGCUUCGCUGUCUCUGUAUGAAGAAGAUAACUUUCUCGAGGUUGUCUCGAACAUUUCUCGGCUGAGACAUCCAAACAUUGUGCCUCUUACAGGCUAUUGUGUUGAGCAUGGACAAAGGCUUCUUGUGUAUGAGUACAUUGGAAACGGGACACUACAUGAUAUACUGCACUUCUCUGAUGAUGGGACGAGCAAGAAACUCACAUGGAACACCCGCGUAAGGAUAGCGCUAGGCACUGCUCGCGCUUUAGAGUACCUGCAUGAGGUGUGCCUACCCCCCGUGGUACACAGGACCUUCAAGUCAUCUAACAUCCUGCUUGAUGAAGAGUACAGUCCACAUCUGUCUGACUGUGGGCUUGCUGCUCUGUCACCGAAUCCUGAGAGAGAGGUUUCAGCUGAAGUGGUUGGCUCUUUUGGAUAUAGCGCCCCUGAGUUCGCCAUGUCAGGAACAUACACCGCAAAGAGCGACGUGUACAGUUUUGGAGUAGUGAUGCUAGAGCUGUUGACAGGCCGUAAGCCACUAGACAGCUCCAGAGGGAGGUCAGAACAGUCGCUUGUCAGAUGGGCAACCCCGCAGCUCCACGACAUCGAUCUACUCGCCAAGAUGGUUGAUCCGGCACUGGAUGGGCUGUACCCUGCCAAGUCCCUCUCCCGUUUCGCCGACAUAAUCGCGAUCUGCGUCCAGUCGGAGCCGGAGUUCCGGCCGCCGAUGUCGGAGGUGGUGCAGCAGCUGGUGCGGCUGAUGCAGAGGGCGAGCAUCAUACGGCGGCAAUCGGACGAUCUGGGCUACUCGUACAGGGUCCCCGACCGCGAAGCCGACGUCCUCUGAAGUUGCUUCAGCAGCUAUACUGUGUGUAUAGCUACAAAGCACUGCACAGUUUAUAUAUAUGUUUAAACCAAAAAAAAAAGAGAGCAAACAAAAGAAAACAGAUUGGGGGUUGAGGCAGCACCUGACUGAGUCAGGUUACUUUGGAGUUGAGUGCUGCUGGAAGCUGGAUCACUGAAACGUGUUAUUCUGUCCUCUGUUAGUGGCCAGUCACCUGUAUGUAAUGUAAAUGACAUUUGAGCGACAUGGAUAGCGUUUGGAGUGUACCGGGACUUUUUCGUGAGCUGUGAGUGUCAUGUAUAGAGUGCGCUCUUGCAAGUGGUCGAUAUAUAUAUAUAUAUAUAGAAGGG